UCAGCGCUGGGUGGUUAUUCAUUCAUUCAGGGGUGGAAAUAAUUAAAACCACAGGCAGUUAUGGAUCUAACUGAUAUUGACGGUGAUGCUGAACAACCCUCAAAGUGUAUUGCAUUCCUUCGUUUGACCUGGAAAUUCUGUAAAUGCAUAUUCUCACAUGUGACACUUGUAUCUACCGUUGUUGCAUACUGUGUACUCGGUGCAUAUGCAUUUGAGAAGAUUGAGGCGGGGCAUGAAAAAGACGUAAAAAUGAGUAUAAAAAAUUUGCGGGUCAACAUAACCGAGCGUUUAUGGGACUGGACAUUAAAAGCAGAAGCGCUGUACGAGUCCUCCUGGAAGAACAAAACAAUCCUAGUCCUUCAAGAUUUCGAGAAAGAAUUGCUGACGAAGAUGAAGAAAGAGGGCUGGGAUGGAAAUGAAUCCACCGACAGCCUUCAAUGGACAUUCGCCGGAGCGCUGUUCUACUCCAUAAUUGUCAUCACCACAAUAGGCUACGGUCACAUUGCACCAAAGACACCGAGAGGGAAGAUCGUGACAAUCUUUUACGCCAUACUCGGCAUACCACUGAUGCUACUGUGUCUAUCGAAUAUCGGUGACAUCAUGGCAUCGAGCUUCAGGUUCCUUUACUGGAAGGUAUGCUGUUAUGUGUGUGUAAGGCCACCGAAACCCCGUAGAGUUAGAAGUGGUACAUUGGCAAGGGGCUACAGCGUUCGACAGGGUUUGGGACGAGCGGCGCCAAAUCGUGGAGCAUCAUUUCGUCGAUCAAUCAGAACAAGUCAGAGAUCAGCUGACUCAGCACUAGGUCUAUCGGACAGUAUGACAAGAUCCACGGAUAACGAUUAUCGUGGAUAUCAAUUGUCCCGACGUUAUGAUGAUGGUAAUUUUAAUGAAUCAAAGUCCUACGGCCAACGCUCAACACUGCCUAAAACAGCUGCACCGAGGAGUCUCAAUGUAACUGGUACAUCAAGAUAUACUUGUGAUUAUCGGUGUGCAUCAGUGACACCAAGAAUUGGGGGUAGAUCUGGUAGACUAACUGACGGUAAUAUUGCUGGAACUACUCAGUCGUUAGAUAGACGACUCCUCGUUGGCUCGAAUGAUGUAGAUAGGACUCCAGUUCUUUUCAACAAGUAUGCUAUUGACGAGCCAGAGUUCAACGAGAGUCGAAUGACAAGGAACAAAAGAGAAUUGCUGAAUGACUUUGAAUCAACCAAACCGAGUAUGAGGAGGAGCGAUAGAGCUGGCACUGAGUGUGCAACAUUACCGAGAUCAUCUGGAUCGGGUGUACCUAGGAGAGCGCGUUCCGUUGAUCCGGGUACAUUAGGACAAGAGCCCACUGUCUAUCUUGAAAUGGCAAAACCCCGAAAAAUAGCAUCGCUCAAUAACCGGAGACCCAGGAGUAAUCUGGGAUACACACCUCGACCCCAGAGACGCGAGGCCCCAUCCCCUCGUAUUAUGUCACCAAUGGGUUUUGCUGUACAUCGUCAGAUUUAUGCUGAUGACAUUGAGUAUGAUGAUUAUUCAACAACUGUUGAGGAUCAGACGAUAAAGCCCGUGCCAAUUUGGCUGUGUGUUUUUUUGGUUGUAAGUUACAUACUGGCUGGUGCUGUCUUGUUUAUGAGCUGGGAGCACUGGGAGUUUCUGGAUUCAGCUUACUUCUGCUUCAUCACACUCACCACCAUUGGUUUCGGGGACUUUGUGCCAGCCCACAAACUACCCAACUAUCCGGCUCACAUGGGAAUAGCAUUGUGCUCUCUAUAUCUUCUAUUCGGUAUUGCUCUGCUAGCCAUGAGUUUCAAUUUGGUUCAGGAGGAAGUAAUAACUAACGUCAAGACUGUUGCUAAGAGGCUUGGUAUAAUAAAGGACAAGGAGGACGAGGAUGAUGAAGAAGAUCCAGAUGAUGAGAAUGUUGACGUUGAGGAAAGUUAUGAGGAUGGCAAUUAUGAAUGUGAAUACGGUGUUUAUCCUUCUACUGUGAGGGGACGUGAGUGUUACCGUGAUGAGGUGGAUCAGGGUCACGAUUAUGAGACAGCGUAGAAUUUUGGGAAUAUUGAAAGGGGGCAGGAUAAAUAAAUAUGUGUUAUUGGGUCUGA